CCAAACUCUUCUCCGUUUUCAUUAGUAUUUCCAUGUGAAAAUGGAAUUCGAUUACGAGAUCGCUGUGCAAGAGGAGAGCGGGGUACAUCGGUCGUUAAACAUAGUCUGGUGUUGGUCUGAAAUGCUGACAUCCACUGUCAUCCGGCUGAGCAGACUGGAAUCAGACGAAAAGUAAUGAGACGCAACGACUCGAACUAUAGCGCAGUAGCGGCAAGUUGAGAAGCGGUUUAAUUGGAUUCAAGAGUGGGAUGAAAUCAGAGAGAUUAGGGGAACGCGCGGACAUGUAGCGGUCAAAGGCCCAUAGUAUGCGUAGCUGGCAAGUAUAGCCGCAGCUAUAGCCGCAGGAUAAUCUUUUAUACCCCCGAGUCUAACGGACAUCGAGAGGUCAGUUGAUCGGUCGGUUUCGAACAGACCAUACCGAGUUUCCACUGGAAUCGGACGUGCGCCUGGACGUUAUUGCGUUCCGUCAACUUCUCGUUAGAGACGUCGUUUCCCUACGAAACACCAGCCAUGACUUUGACGCUGCAGCGCUUAACUAUUGUUGUCGCGCUUUGUGGCUACGUGUUCGCUGGACCGGUACAAGAAGUUGUUGAAACAUCGACAAGCGAAAGCCCCGCGAGCCUUGAAAAACGGGCCAAGGAAUUUCUCGAUCAGUUGAACAAUGACAUCGCAGAAUGGAACCAUUGUGAGGCAUUAGCUCAGUGGGCCUACGAUUCCAAUUUGACGGAUGCAAAUCUCCAACAGAAAAUCCGCGUAUCGGCCGAAUCGGCAGCUUUCAAGAAAGCCAAAUGGCCGGAGAUUAAGUCCUACCCUUGGCAACGAAUACAAGAUGAUAGCAUCAGAAGACAAUUUUCCAAGCACGUACAACUCGGACUCGCCGCUCUACCAACACAGGAGUACGAGGAGUACGAGAGGACGGUAGGUCGAAUGGAAGAGAUUUACAGUACGGCAAAGAUCUGCGAGUACAAUAAUCCAAGCAAAUGUGACCUCGCUCUGGAGCCAGAGCUGACCGAACUGCUCAUGUCCAGUAGGAACGCGGAAGAAUUAAAACACAUUUGGAUCGAGUGGCGAAAAGCGACCGGGGAAAAAAUAAGACCCUUGUUCCCCAAGUAUGUAGAACUCAGCAACCGUGGAGCUCAGCUGAACAACUUCAGCGAUAUGGCAGCCGAAUGGCUGCACGAUUAUGAGACCGACAAUUUCACCGAUCAAAUCGAGAAUUUAUGGCAGCAAAUGAGGCCUUUGUAUUUGGAGCUCCACGCGUACGUGAGGUACAAGCUCCGGGAGAAAUACGGAAAUGAUAUCGUCUCUGAGGAUGGCCCCAUACCUGCGCAUCUAUUGGGAAAUAUGUGGGCUCAGACGUGGUCGCACAUAGAGGAGUUUUCCACUCCUAACCCGGGGAAAAGAUUACCCGAUGCCACAGAGUUCAUGGUAGCGCAAGGCUACGAUGCAAACCGGAUUUUCCACCUGGCUGAUGAUUUCUUCAAGUCGUUAAACCUGUCCGCGGUCCCGGAGUCGUUUUGGACGAAAUCUAUAUUGGAGAAACCAAAGGAUGGAAGGGAAUUGGUCUGCCAUGCUAGUGCCUGGGACUUCUAUGAUCGCAAGAAUUUCAGAAUUAAGCAAUGCACUCGGAUUAAUAGCGAAGACCUGCUCACCGCUCAUCACGAAAUGGGGCACAUCCAGUAUUUUAUGCAAUACAGAGAUCAACCUAUUGUAUUCAGAGAAGGAGCAAAUCCCGGUUUUCACGAAGCAAUUGGUGACGUCAUAUCCCUAAGUGUGUCGACCACGGAUCACCUGAAGCGAAUUAAUCUGCUCGAUCAAAAUACUGUGGAAGAUCCGGAGGCGAUAUUGAAUUUUCUGUACCGAAAGGCACUCGAAAAGGUGGCAUUUUUGCCGUUCGGUUAUGCCGUAGACAAAUGGCGAUGGGAUGUCUUUAGAGGAAAUACCAAACCCGACAAAUAUAAUUGCGAUUGGUGGAAAUAUGUCGAUGAGUUUCAAGGAGUAGAACCGCCAGUGGCCAGAACGGAGGAGGAUUUCGACGUGGCGUCCAAAUACCAUGUAGUCGCGAGUGUCGAGUACAUUCGUUACUUUGUCAGUACUGUUGCUCAAUUCCAAUUCCACAAGUCUCUGUGUCAAGCUGCAGGCCAAUAUGACCCACAAAAUAUUACGAACAAACCGCUCUAUCAGUGUGACAUUUACCAAAGCGCAGAGGCCGGGAAUCUGCUUGGAUCUAUGCUGAAAUUGGGCUCCUCGAAGCCAUGGCCAGAUGCAAUGGAGGUAAUCACCGGACAAAGGGAAAUGGACGCUUCAGGAUUAUUGGAAUAUUUUAACCCCCUGUACGAGUGGCUGAAGGCAAAAAACAAAGAGACAGGCGCGCAUGUUGGCUGGAGGAGUUCCACCAAACGUUGUGUGCAAACCAGGUUGCAACUACAGGCUCAUGAUAUUCCAAGCCAAGCUUAGCCGCCGGAUCAAAAACGUUUGGAAUACGAGAAAUACAAGAAAAAUUCAGCCAGAACAUGCUGAUUCUUUUUUAUUGCAAAUAAAUCUGUAACAAGUGGCGGGCAAGUGCUUUGCAUUCAUACAUAUGAACGAAAAAAAUAUUUAGGCGUAUAACCUGAUUUUGAACAUGAUAAAUAUAUCCAACAUUCCUAAUGGUGGA